GGUGGUCGUUAUUCCCAACUGGAGGGUCCCAGCACGUGCCCCUGCUCACUACUGGGAUGCGAAACCUGCUCAGCGGACCGAGCCAGGGUCUCUCCUCACCAUCUUGGUGGCGGCAGGUACGUGACCGUCCUCUCUGUCCCCCCGACAGGUUCUGUGGCGUUCCUGGGGCUGUACCUCGUGUUUGGCUAUGGCGCCUCGCUGCUCUGCAACCUCAUCGGCUUCGCCUACCCCGCGUACGUCUCCAUCAAAGCUAUCGAGAGCUCCAGCAAGGAGGACGACACCACGUGGCUGACGUACUGGGUGGUCUACGGCGUCUUCAGUGUAGCCGAGUUCUUCUCUGACACUUUCCUCUACUGGUUCCCGUUCUACUACGCUGGGAAGUGCCUGUUCCUGGUGUGGUGCAUGGCCCCCGUGUCCUGGAACGGGUCGCAGGUGCUCUACCAGAACGUCAUCCGGCCCUGCUUCCUCAGGCACCACCAGGCUGUGGACAACGCGCUGGGCAACCUCAGCACCAAAGCCCUGGACGUGGCCUCCAGCGUCACCCGAGAAGGUUCCAGAGCAGCCCUGAACCUGGUGAAGGAAGCGGAGAAGAAAAAGUGAGAGGGGAUCCUGGUACUGGCACUGCAACCCGGGGCCUGAGUCUUGCUCAG